AUGUGUAACUGUUAUACAAUAUGUGUUGCAGAGCCUAACUUCCCCCCACUGCCUGAAUUCAUUCCACUCAAGCCAUGCUUCUACCAGGACUUUGAUGAGAUCCCUGAACAGCACCGCAGCAUGUGCAAGAAAAUGUACCACCUGUGGAUGUUGAAUGGUAUAACGCUCGCUGUGAAUCUCAUUGGCUGCUUUGCUUGGAUGUUUGGAGGAGGUGGGGUGACCAACUUUGGACUGGCUCUCAUAUGGCUCCUCAUGUUCACUCCCUGCUCUUACGUCUGUUGGUUCAGGCCUAUCUACAAGGCCUUCAAGAAUGACAGCUCUUUCAACUUCAUGUUGUUCUUUUUUGUGUUCAUGGCCCAAGUCGGCAUCAGCAUCAUCCAAAGCAUUGGCAUCCCUGGAUGGGGAGUAUGUGGUUGGCUGGCUACCAUCUCCUUCUUCAGUUAUAACAUUUUCAUAGCACUGAUCAUGCUGGUCCCUACUGUCAUGUUCACUGCAGUGGCAACAUUGUCCUUUCUUGCCCUCACAAAGAUCCACAAUUUCUACCGUGGGAGUGAGGGCAGCAUGACCAAAGCCCAGGAGGAAUGGACCACAGGAGCCUGGAAGAACCCUCAUGUACAGGCAGCAGCCCAGCAGGCUGCCAUGGGGGCAGCUGCUGGAGCCAUGCAGGAUCAGUACUCCAGCCCACAAUAUAAUGAAAACCAGAUGUAG